UAUCAUUAAUGGAAUUCCUGGUACACACAUUAUUGAGUUUUUAAUUAUAUGUUCAGAUGAUAAUGCUGAUAUUAAAUUUAAAACAUUACUUAUUUGUGAAGGACUUGGCAAAAUUCUAGAAUUAUGUGGAUUUGAAAAGUCACUCGAAAACUCAGAUGCGAGGGUG